CCUGCCGUGCUACAAGCGCGACACUCUCGGCAUGGUUUGCUUCGUGAAUGUUUCUGGUUUUUGUUUUGGCGGCGAAAUAGUGUUGCACAUAAUCUCACGCACAGUUUGUUAUACUUGUAUCAGGUGCAAUGUUCAUGUCUGAAUGAGACUUUGUUGCAAACCAGCGUUUCGUUUCGUUGCAACACUGCUCCACACACAAAAUGGCAUUAUUUGGUGUGCAAAUCGUGAUAACAAUGGUCAUGGCAAGCGUCCUCCAAAAGACGUCACUUCGAUUUUCCCUUUCAAGGUGGAUCAUCUGCAAAAGGCUUGUCCGAUACCUACAUCCAUCUGAUGAAGAGCUCAAGUCUUUAGCAGGGAUUUCUGGGAAACCUUUCAAAGGGAAAGGGAAGAGAGACAGAGGAAGGGAUAGAUAUCGAAAUGGAAGCGUGAAGGACGGAAAAGACCACGAGGAGUUUUUAGUUCCAAAGAGCUUGCACGUUGAAUUGGACGUGGCAGCAGUCGACGUGACAGAGCUCGUGCAGCUGCGCUUUUACACUGAGUACCAGUGGCUGUUAGAUUUUGCUGGUUACGCCUUUGUUGUCUAUCUUCUCACUGAAGCCUACUACUUCCUCUUGCCUGGGAGAAACGAAUUCAACCUCAGUCUCAUCUGGUGUCUCCUGGUACUUGGCUUUGCGAUAAAAGUCUUGUUUUCACUGACGGCACUCUAUUUUCGCGGAGAAGAGCCCAUUGGGGAACGAUCGCUCUGCCUCAUGUCUGGCUUUUUCUUUUUUGUCCUCGCCAUGGUCGUCCUUGUUGCUGACGAAGAAUUUCUCGAGUUUGGCCUCGUUAAAGCUUACCAAAGCUUCAAUGAAAGUUCAUAUCAGUUUCUCAAGACACAAGGCUUGAACUCAAGUGGGCCAGCAUCCCACCUCAUGUUCAAGUUCUUCCUGGCACUGUGGGCAGGAUUUGUCGGAGCUUUCUUCGCGUUUCCUGGUCUGCGAUUUGCCAGGAUGCACAGCGACGCGUUCAAGUACUGCGAGGAACGGCCUUUCCUAAAGGUUGCGCUGCACAUGAGCUUUGUGGCCCCCCUGUUUGUAGUCUUGCUCUGGGUGAAGCCCAUAGCACGUGCCUACUUCACGCAGAGGACGUUUCCUGGAAUGAAGGGCACCUUGCUUACAGACGAUUCAUUCGAAACGACGCGCAUAGUGUGUGUGUUAGCAGUGGUGCUCAUGCGACUACUACUGAUGCCGCGCUACCUCCAGUCGUAUCUCAAUUUAGCGCCCGAGAAACUGUCUGAGCUCCGCAAGGAGGCGGGGCGUAUUACUAAUAUUGAACUUCAAAAGAAGGUUGCAAGGGUGUUCUACUACUUGUGUGUUGUAGCACUGCAGUAUAUGACUCCUCUGCUCACAUGUGCAUUUACAGCUUGUCUUCUGAAGACUUUAGGUGAAUACAGUUGGACAUCGUACUUGUGGCCGACCGCAGCCGCCAAUGCAACAUCCUCAUUACAUCAGCACAUACAGCGACAGAGUUCAGCUGCGCACAUGUCAGCCGACGCGGAAUCUAUUUUGAAGACCAGUGAACAGUUCUCGCUCACCCUGACUGGACUUCGUGCUGUGUUUACGCCAGUGCUCUUUCGUGGACUCCUAGGUUUCAUGACGUGGUGGCUUUGCGCUGUGUACUUUGCUAUCAGUGCCAUUGGACUGGUUUAUCAUUCGUACAGCAUCUAGACAGGGCUUCAGGAGAAGAGCUAGGGUCUUAGCGAAUGUGCAACAAGCGGAAUAGGGUGAAUAAUGGCAUGGCUCUUCCUUGCAGUGGCCCACAGAUUAGACAUAAAGAGGACCGUAGUUAUGUUGGUCCUCACCGUUUGAUUGAUAGAGAUUUAAAAUCGUCCUCUGGAAUGGUAGGUUUUUUUUCCUCCCCUGUCUAUUAUGUGGUACACCUGAGAGGAUUAGGUGGCAUGUUUUUGACCCGUUGCCUUCACGUCACCGUAUUUAUGUUACACGUGUACAUUUAGGUAUGUGGCUGGCGCACACAGUGUGAUCAUGUGGGAGAGGAAUGAGUUGCAAAAUUGGCGCUCUUCAGUUCCGAUGAAUAUAUUCAACUUUUCUGAAAAAAUACUGAUUGCAGUAAUGCACAAGAGGUUGCACAAAAACGGGUUUUACCCUCAAACGCAGGUUCCUACGUGUAGACCGUUGUUUACUUCAUUUUAGUUGUUCAGUUAUGGUUCGAAAUCGUCCAAUCUGUAUGAGACUGUCACUUUAAUGUAGGGUAGGAAUAUGAAGAAUUAUGCAAAUAGUUACAUAAAUAUCAGUACCUUUCUUGUGCAAAGCUGCAAGUGCUGGCCCAAGAUGUAUUCCUUUAACUGAUGUAUUGUUUGUCCUAUAUGUGAAUUUAUUUAUGUAGUUCUUUCUAGUGCUACCUGUAAAACUGUACCUCCAACCAUCCCAACCAUGCCAUUAUCACCUUGUCUGUUGCCUUUUCUGAAAAGGAGUGUUUUAUUAAAUUAUAUUUCAAAUUUUUA